UUUGAUCAAGUACUCAGUACUUCAGUAAACUUUUUACCAAAUACUUUUUCACUCUUACUUGAGUAAAAACUUGUUGAAGUAGCUUUGCUCUAACUUGACUACAGGCUUUGGGUUUUCUGCCCCUCAGCACAAAACACCAAAUAAAAAUAAAUUCUGUUUGUUAAAUUGUUUUAAAACAUCUCAGAAUCAGGAAUCACAGCAAAAACAAUUAUUAUAAAAACAGAUGAUCUGAAUCUUUACUGGUUCAUUUUCCCUGCUUAACAGUUAGAUUAGAGAAAAUCAGACAAUAUUUUUACAGAAUCAUCUGUGAACAUCUGGUGAUGAACUCUGACCUCAACCUUCAGAGCCACAUAAAGACAGUUACAAGGUCGGACUUCUGUCACCUUCCACUGAGAGGAAAUACUUUAAAAUGCUGUUGGUAGUUUAUAAAUCACUGAACAGAUUAAAGAUCUGCUGCUGAUCAACCUUCCAGAUGAAGCAGCUUUCAGCUUCUAUGCACCACAAGUCUGGAACAAACUUCCAGAAAACUGCAAAACAGCAGAAACACUGAGUUCCUUUAAAUCCAGACUGAAAGCCACAUGUUUAGAGUUGUUUCUGAAACAUCAUAAAUGAAACGUUGAUCAACAUUCUGAUGCGUAACAACGGCAACAUGUAAUGUUUACCAUGUAAUGUCUUUUAUGAGGUUUUAUUUCUGUGGUUUUUACGUAAAGCACUUUGAAUGUUGCUGAAAUGUGUCAUAUAAAUAAUAUUGAUUGAUCGAUCGAUCGAUCGAUCCAACCUGUUGUUGUUUCCAGGUGAGGCAGCGCCAUGUUGGACGCUCCACUCACCAAGAACUUGUCCCACUCCAGCUUCCGGUUCAGAUGUUUUCCGGAGCUGCAGGACCGCCGCUGGAUUCUGGCGCUGCUGUUCUUCCUCUGCUUCCUGUCGGUGCUGCUGGGAAACUCUGCGCUGCUCUACGUGAUCCGCAGGGUGGCGCGCCUGCACAGCCCCAUGUACGUCCUGGUGUCCCUGCUGUGCGUGGUGGACGCCCUGCUGGCCUCCGCCAUCCUCCCCAACAUGCUGCUCAACCUGCUGUUCGACUGGAGCCACGUCUCGUUGACCGGAUGUCUCAUCCAGAUGUUUUCCACGUACUUCCUGUCGUCGCUGGAGUCCACGCUGCUGCUGGUGAUGGCGCUGGACCGCUACGUCGCCAUCUGCCAGCCGCUGCGCUACGCGGACAUCAUGAGCUCCUCCGCCUUCCUGAAGCUGCUCGUCUUCGCGCUCCUGCGCAGCGUCUCCAUCAUGUCGGCGCUGGUGGUUCUGGCCGGUUCUCUGUGGUUCUGCGGCUCCAACGUCAUCCAGCACUGCUACUGCGACCACAUGGCGCUGGUCCGCCUGGCCUGCGUCAGUACGCAGAGGAACCAGGCGGCUGGGCUGGCGGUGAUCGUCUGUUUCGUGGGUGUGGACAUCCCCGUCAUCUUCUUCUCCUACGUGAAGAUCGUGAAGGUCGUGGUGAGGGCGGCGGCGGCCAGCGAGGAGCGCAUGAAGGCGCUUCACACCUGCAGCACGCACCUGAUGGUCAUGGUGUGUUUCUACCUGGUGGGCACCAUCGCCUUCCUGUCCGGCAGCAUCAACAUUCCCAUAGCAACGGGCAUCAACACCCUGAUGGGCGUCGCGUACAUCCUGAUCCCCGCGACCGUCAAUCCCAUCAUCUACGGUGUUCGUACCAAAGAGAUCCGCCGAGGCCUUCAGAGGAUGUUCCAGAUCUCAGCUCUGAAGGUUUCUUCUGGAAAACGACUGACAUCCGGUCAGGAGCCCACAAGUCUGACUCUUCAAAAGUAACGCAGUGUAAAAUAUUUAUGAACCGAAAGCCUCCAUCUUAAUUAGUAUCAUGACUUUAACCAACACUGAGACAAAUUAGGAGCCAAAAUAAUCCGGUUCUCAAAGGCCGCACCUGAUUGGACCAGCAGGUCAUUGUGGGCGGAUCCCAGUGUGAACAGGAAGUGUUUUCAAUAACAACAAAUAAAAAACAUUCAGUUGUGCUAAACCUGAAGCACUAAUCAUAGACGUUAGCUGGGCUAACAAUAAAGCGCAUUAGCUUCUGGUAUUUAGCGGAAGCUAAUGCUAAUGUGCUAAAUUCCACCAUAUUGAUAUCCAACAUGGCGGAAGAGGAAGUGGAACUGCUGUGUAAACAGUCCUCAUCCACUUCAAAAUAAGAGCACGAACAUAGUUAAAGAAUUCGUAACAGUCAUUAAUCUAAAUUUACAUGUUUAACUUUAUUCAACUGAAAGUUUACAAAACAGUAAAUCAGCAUUUUAAAAUGUAUCUGAAAAAUUAAUGAAGCAGAAGCUAAGUGCGCUAAACGCUAAAGUUAGCCAAAAUGCUGAGCUAAUAAUUAGAAGAGUUCCCACGGCUAAAAUUAAUGCCAUCAUUUCUAUUUUUUUAGAAUAUGUCUAACUUCCUCCUCUGGCGUCAAACUGUCUUUUGUUUCUUCAGUGUCACAUUCCAGCUGUUUUAAUGAGUAAAGCUUCUCUGACUGUACAGAUAUUUAUGAGCAGGAAGGGUUUAAUAAUACCUUACCAUUAUAUUUAAAAACAAAAUCAAUUUUGUAAGUGAAAUAAUGUGAAACUGGAAAAAGCUGUUAAAAAAUUAAAACAGUUUUGGUCACAAAUGUCAGGCUGUGUGUGAAUAUCAUGACUGACAGUGAAAACACUCAGAGCUUCUAAUAGUGUUUUUAUUAAAGACUGUGGGGAAUAUACAAGUUUUCUCUGACAAUAUCAAAAUAAAAGACAACUGGAACUAAA